AUGUCACAGCCACAACCUCAACCAGCCACCGUCCCCGCUGGUCAGCAGCCGCCAGUGACUUCACCCAAUCUUCAACAGACAAACCAAGCUCAGGUUCAAGCUCAACAACAGCAUCAACAACAACAACAACAACAACAGACUGCCCAACAACAGGCUGCCACUGCUAAUGCUGCUGCUGCUGCCGCUGCCGCUGCCGCUGCUAAUUUAUACGGUAACGGAGGGGGUUUGUUUGAGCCUCAAGGCGGCAUUUUUGAUAUGGUGAAGCGUAAAUUACGGGAAGCAGCUGGAUAUCGAACACCGAUGCUAGAUCCAAAUGCUAUGGCAGUGUUGAGUAGAUAUGGAGGCGCUGGAGGAGCAGGUGCGAGUAUGAUGCCAGGCACAGGCGGUAUGAUGCCUCAUCCGAUGAUGAUGCUGAUGCCAGGAGCAGGAGCAGGAGCAGCCAUGACACAAGGGCAGCAAGGAAUGCUUCCAUUCAGUGGUAGCAUGGGAAACAAUAAUAACUUAGUAGCAGGCAGCGAAGACAUCAUGAUGCUGCAGCAACAGCAGCAACAACAACAACAUCAGCAACAGCAACAGCAGGCACUUAUGAUGGCUUUGAUGACGAUGGCUGCGGCCGGAGGCAAUAAUGGUGGAAAUAAUCAUCCUCUGGCUAGUAUGAAUAUGAUGGCAGCUGCGGCACCCGGAAAUAGUAAUAUGUUGUUAGGGAAUAAUAUCAGUAACAUGAAUCCAGCAAUGCUGGCGGCAAUGUAUCAGAGUACAUUCAUGUCUGCUACACCACCCUUGAAUACGGCGAAUGGCUUGCUGCCAACUACCCCAGGAGGCGCUGUCAUGAUGAGUAACGGCUCUCAGAUGAACCCUUUUGCAUUACUACAGCAGCAGCAAUACCCACAGUCAGGUGUCUUUCAAAAUCCCCUUUUACAACAGCAACAACACCAACCGUAUCCAGCAAUGAUAAACGGUUACAAUCAAGGUGCUAUGUACAGUCAGCCGUUAGCUCCUACAAAUACAGCAUUCAAUUAUAUGAGUCGGACACACCCAAUGAGUAUGUAUGGAGCUGCUGGCGGCGGGUAUGGUGCGCAUCCUGUUACUGCUGGUGCUGUUCCUGUUCCUAUUCCUGUUACGAAUUAUGGAUCUGACCAACAUUAUUAUCCAGCACAGAAUAGCAGCUAUUAUCACGGCUAUGGAACGACACCGUAUGCAUCAACAGGCUAUUACAGGGAUCCCUAUAGUAGUAGCUACUCAGAUCCCUCUGAUGUUUAUGGAACGAAACGGUCAGGUUACUUUUAA